AUGGAUGUCAAUAAUGUUUUUCUUCAAGGAGAGUUAGAGGAUGAGGUUUACAUGAGGCCACCUCUGGGUAUGGACGAUAUGGUCAAGCCAGAGAAUGCAAGAGAACUUGGAAGAAGAGUAGGCAAAACACCACUUGAAGAAGGGUACAAAGUCUUGCGUGAGGGGGAGUUUGAGGAUAAGCCAUUUGGAGACUUCAAACUCUAUAGAAGAAUGGUUGGGAAGCUGAUAUAUCUAACCAUUACAAGACCAGACAUCUGCUUUGCCGUAAACCAAGUCAGCCACCAUAUGCAAUCUCCCAAGGUUCACCAUUGGAAUAUGGUGGAGAGGAUCAUGAGAUACCUAAGAAAAACUCCUGGCCAAGGUGUAUGGAUGGGAUGCAACAAGAGCACAGACAUUGUGGGAUACUGUAAUGAAGAUUGA